AUGGCGACGCCGCCUCCGGAGGCUGCUCCUAUGGUCAAGGAGGAGAAGCCUCAAUUGCCACCGUCGCCAAAUGGCAUAUCUUCAGUCGAUGUUGGUCGCAAAGAUGUGCAGGGUCUUGUAACUGAUUCUAACCCAGACGCGGCCGCUAAUGAGAAAAGGACCAAUUCGACCAAACCUGCUUCAGUGAAUGGUCAUGAGACUACUGCCACAAACGGAGUCAAUACAACAUCUCCUCCGAAGUCACCGACUGCCCUACCUGAGGAACGCAAAGCGCCGAUCGCGCAAUCUUCGGCGACGGACGAGAUAAAGAAGGAAGCAAUUGGGAAUAGCCUUACCAACUCUAGUGGACAACUGUCUGCCGGUAAUGCUAGUUCUGAUAAUGGUACCACUCAAAAAUCGCAGCCAACGCUAGAUAGCUUAAAGCCAGCGAAAAAGAUGGACGGCAGCAUCCAGGCUCAAGGCUCUGCCGCGAAGACCGAUCUUCCCCAUCAUCCUCCCGCUAGUUCAAAGCCUGAAGGUUCUUCGAACAAUGAUUUAACUACUAAGGCUCCCUCGCUCCCACCUUUGCAGGGUGCUGAUCAGGAAAUGCGAGACGCGCCAGAUGUGCCGAUCUCUCCCACAAAGCUACCUAGGGAACGCGAACCAGACCCAAGAGAUGAACCUGCCGCGAAGCGUACCAAGAUUGGAGGGGAAGCUUCUGGGCCGUCCGGAUUUAAAGCACCCGGUACUCCCGGCCCCAUGGCUGAGCGACGUGCGGAUGCGGCAACGAAUGGUGAUGCGACUAUGACCAGGGUUCAACACAAGUUCCUUCUUAAAGGGAUUCAAAGCCUGAAGCGUAUGCACGACUCACGCUUUUAUCGGGAGCCAGUCGAUCCAGAGAAGAUGAAUAUCCCUCAUUAUCCGCAGAUUAUCAGACAGCCUAUGGAUCUUGGAACCAUUGAGAGACGCCUGAAAAACAACGAGUACAAGUCAGUCAAGGCUGUCAUUGACGAUUUUAACCUCAUGGUUCAAAACUCGUUGACGUUCAAUGGCCCGGAUCAUAUUGUUGCGCAGGAAGGGCAGAAGCUCAAGUCUACCUUUGAAAAGCAGAUGAUUAACUGCCCUAGGACUGAUGAUAUCGAAGAGAAGAAACCGAAGAAGUCUUCUCCUAAGACCUCAGCAGCACGACGGGAACCACGGACAAGUAUAGGGCAAGCUCUCCCACGCCCAACUGGUGGUUCCCCUCAGGCUACAACCUUCGCUUUGGGACCAGAAGGUCUUCCUGUUAUUCGUCGUGAUUCUACCAAUGCUGAUGGACGGCCCAAGCGGUCUAUCCAUCCUCCGAAGCGCGAUCUGCCCUACUCGACGAAACCGAAAAAGAAAAAAUAUCAGUGGGAAUUGAAGUUUUGCCAGGAGGUCCUUGAUGAGCUUCACAAACCAAAACAUUUUAAUUAUGCGGUCCCAUUCUAUCAGCCCGUUGAUCCGGUGGCCCUGAAUAUCCCUACCUACCACAGCAUUAUCAAGAAACCAAUGGAUCUCUCCACUAUGCAGACAAAACUAAAACUGGUCAAUACGAGAACGCCAAAGAGAGAUCCUACAUACCUUGCUGGACAAAAGUUUGAAGAGAUAUUCAACUCCAAGUGGGCUCAGAAGGCACGCUACUUGGAGGCCCAUGAACCGCAUCCUGAGCACCACAGCGGAAAGUCCGAGUCUGAAUCUGAGGAAAGCGACGAAGAUGCGGACGAUAGCGAUGACGACGAAGAACUUCAGCGGCUACAACAGAAGAUUGCUGAAAUGACACGUAAGGUGGAAGUUCUUGCUCAGAAGAAGAAGAAGAAGACACCACCCGGAGCGAAGAAAGCCGGGAAGCUCAAGUCUAGCACGAAGGAUAUAAAGAAGCCUGGAAGCAUGAGUCUGGCGAAGAAGGACAAGAAGAGCAGCAUAAAGCCAUCAAAGCCCGAGAAGCAGCGCUGGGUCACAUAUCAGGAGAAGCAGAUCAUAUCUAAUGGGAUCAGUAGCCUUCCUGAUAAGAAGAUGCAGGAAGCGCUUAAGAUCAUCCAAAGUAACGUUCCGUCUCUCAAGGGCACCCAAGAAACAGAGAUUGAACUCGAUAUUGAUGAGCUGCCCAAUGAUGUAUUACUUAUGCUGCUCAGAUUCGUCAAGAAGAAUGCGCCCCAAGUUAUGGAAGAUGAAGAAGUGGCGACGCCCACUGCUAUGAAUACUGCUGCCGCCCCCAAGCCAAAGAAAAACAAGCCUAUGAGCAAAUUCGAACAGGAGGCUCAGAUCAACAUGCUUGAAAGCAACCUGUCUCGCUUCCAGGGUGGUGGCCGUUCUCCAGAUCCAGUCCCCUCUGUCGAAGCUAACGAAAGUAGCGACGAUUCGGAAGAUGACUCGGAAGAGAGCGAGGAGGAGUAA